GAGAAGCCCUGGGAGCUAUCGGGAAUCCCGAUGUGCUGGAUAUCCUGAAACGCUAUUCAGAGGAUCCCGUGGUUGAGGUGGCAGAGACGUGUCAGCUGGCGGUGAGGAGACUGGAGUGGCUGCAGGAGAACAAGCAAGAGCCGGGCCCCAGCCCCUACCUUUCCGUGGAUCCUGCUCCCCCCGCCGAGGAGACAGAUAUCACCGAACUCCGCAAAACCCUCCUGGAUGAGUCGCGCACGCUGUUUGACCGCUACAGGGCCAUGUUUGCCCUGAGGAACUUGGGGGGCCAGGCCGCAGUGCUGGCGCUAGCGGAUGGACUGCGCUCUGGCAGCGCCCUCUUCCGCCAC